AAGAAGAAGAAGAAAAGAAAUUUCGUUGAUCGUAGAAAAGAAAAAAGGAAUAGUAAUAAUAAUAGUAAAGAAGAAACAACGCCUAUAACAAUAAGAACAAGGACGAUAUAACGAUAACGUGCAACGUUACGGCAAGUUCGCGUAAAUCGUCGAGACGAGCGAUGACGCGAGAGUUUUAACGUAAGCGUUAGUUUAUUUCGGAUGUAUAUCACCGAGGAUGAUAGUGGGGAGGACGGCGGUUGCCGUCUGAUCUCCGUCCGUCAGUGCGUCGACGUCGACGGAACACGCGAGAACUCGUGGCCGGAAAAGAGACGAGCACCGCCACCACCAUCACCACCAUCACCACCAUUAACACUAUCACCAUCAUCUCCUCCUUCUCUGUCUACUCCUGCUUCUGUCUCACCUCUUGUUGCUCGAUCUGAUUCUGUUCCUUCCGAAUCGUCGUUAACGUCCAACGAUGCCCAAGAGAAAGAGAAAAUAAAUGAAAGAGGAUAUUAUUCGGAGGAAAGGAUUAUCACUGGAACCUCUGGUUUAUCGAACAAUUCAAAUGAAUCGUCACGGUCGAUGAAGAAAUUCGAUCUACGUUUGAAUUCGUCGAGAAUCAACAACAACGAGUCGAAGGAUCAACAACGUACGAUCAAUAUCAGCGAGAAUUUAUCGUCGAGAAGAAUAAAAGUUUCACGAUCGUUGGAUCUUCUCGACGAUGGUAAUAGUAAUAACAACAAUAAUAGUAACAAUAGGAACGUGGGCUUUACGUGCGAAGGGAAACGUACGACUAUACUGAAUCUGUGUUAUCGUGACACUUUGACACGAGCUACGAAGAACAACGUGACAAAAUCGUCAUCGUCGUCGUCAACAACGACGUCUUCCGUUCCAAAGAUCGUUUCUAAUAUCGAGCAACGUCGUUUACUAAGGCGUACGCUUUCGGCACCAGGCUCCGAAUCAACGAACGAGGAUUCCUCCUCUGAUAAUAUUUCUAAUUCGAACUUGAAAAUUAUCGACGAGAUCGUUCUCCAAUCGGCAACGAGAUAUCGUACGAGAAACGAAACGUUUUCAACGAUUAAUACCACGAGAACCCGUGCCUCCUCGUUCGUUAUAGAACGAAGGAAACAUCGUAAGUGUUCUCGUCUCUAUUCCUCCAGAUCGACCGAGGAUCUAUCUACGAGGAUUAGAAGGAGAAACGAAUAUACGGAGUUUAACACGACGACGGAGGCCGAUGGAAUGCGGAACUGUAGCAACGCCGUUGCUGGCGUCGACGAGGACGAAGGAUGCGUCCUCGUUGGUGUACGUUCUUUGCUCGAGGAUGGUACCGGACCAACCGAUACUCCUUUACGAUCUACUAACACGUUGAUAAACUCACGACAAGACGACAGAUGUACCAGAAGGGAUCGCGAACGUGCAAGGAUACUACGACGGCGAAGGAUCAAUGGAAGAUCGGCGUCGGUUCCUAGAUUAAACCGAUGUAUGGGUUACGUAAACGCUUAUAUGAUCUCUCGAUUAUCAACAAUUCGUCCGUGAUAAUGAAUGCACGUUCAGCUCGACCAUAUUAUGUGCACGUCUGGAUGCACGAGGGGAACGUUAAUAUGUGGAACAAUGCUUGUAUAGAUUUGUAUCAUCGAAAGGUGUAAAGAGAACAAACCGCAGCGUUCUUUUUCUUCUUCCUCUUUUCUUAUUUUUAUUGUUUAUUUAUCAAUUUUUUCCAAUCGGUAAAAAAGGUCACGGUCGCUCAAGAUUUACAAAAUAAUCAAUCAUUGAACAAUUCGAUCUGUCUAAGCGUAAAAGUAUACGUAAUAAGAGCGUAUUUAAAAAGAGGAAGUAAAGAAGAAAAAGACGAAGGAGAAGACGAGGAGAAGUUACUGGAAAGGUACAAAAAUAAAUAAAAAAAAAAAAAGACGAAAGAAAGAAAAUAGAGAGAAAAGAUGAAGAGGAAGAAAGAAAGAAGGAAAGAAAGAAAGAAAGAAAGAAAGAAAGAAUAAGAAUAUUCAGAAACGACUAUCUACGUGACGAAGUUCAAGAUGGAAGCUUUUCGACGUUGAAAGAUUAUUUCAUUCCCAAUGUUUUUGAAAAUAACAACGCGUACUCUCCUGUCAGUGAUAUUCUCGAAAAGGACAAAGAAACGAUAUCGGUAUUCCGAAGACGAAGUCGAAGGCCUCCGGUGAUCACGUGAGUUGGUUUUCGAAUAUACCGUUAAAAUCGCUUGAGAAGAUGGUAGAAGCCGAGUAAACUCGAGAUGCUGCCAGUUACUUUGGUGAUUAACGAGAGAAUGCAGUUGGUUUUCCGUUGGAUACCAUAACUCUAAGGGUUCCUUGCCUCCUUUUACUAUAUUUCUUCCUUCCUUAUUUCCUUUUUAAUUUAUUAACGAAUUACAUUCGUUAUAUUGGUUGCUCGUCAACUUUAUGACCGACGCAUCCGCCAGCUCAGAAGUUUUGAUAUUUUCAAUUUUUUGUUCAUUUCAACUUGAUAUAUAGAUAUAUAAAGUUUACGAUGUUAACAUAUGAUAGAUCGAAAUAAAAGAUAGAAGAUAUCAAAUGUUACGAUUUGUUACAUUCAACUAACAAUAGAUCGAGUCUAGCAAAGCACUUCCUAUUUCCUUGAUGAUUAUGAUCGAAAUCAUUUAUUCACUUAGCAUUUGCUUUAGACGAGCAUAUUUAUACUUACUACGCUAACGAUAAUCACAAUUAACAGGUAACGUUAUACACAGAUAUACUUAUAUGUACGAGUACAUAUGUGAAUAUUAAUAUGUGAGAACGAUAACGGAGCGAAUAUUAUUUUGUUUUUUUUAACAUAUGUAGGAAAUUCCAUCCCAUAGGUGUGGUCACGUCUUGUAACUAUUCUCGAUUUUAUAUUGGACAUCCUUCAGAGACAUGAUUCGCACGUAAUAUUAUACAUUCCAUAUGAUUACCUUUGAUUCUAGAAUGCACCUAUAUUUCUUUUUUUU